AUGACAGGUUACUUGGUGCGGCGCGUGGGGCAGAUGGGGUUGACUCUCUUUCUCAUCAUUACCCUGACCUUUUUCCUCGUGGAGGCGCAGCCCGGCGACUACGCGUCCUUCUACGUGCUCAACCCUGACCUGCCUCCCGACGUGAAGGAAAAGAUCAGGGCCGCUUUCGGCCUGGACAAGCCGCUCUGGCAGCAGUACCUGAUCCACCUGAAGAACACCUUUACCGGCAACUUCGGCGUAUCGUUCGGCCACUUUCCCCGCCCGGUCAUGGACGUGCUGGCGGAACGCAUCCCACGGACGCUGGUGCUGUUCCUUACGGCAACUGCAGCCUCCUUCUACCUCGGCUUUUUCCUGGGCAAGGCCAUCGCCUGGCGGCGCGGCGGCUUGUUCGAGUAUGUCGCGACGAUCUCCGGCGCGACCCUCUUCACCGCGUUCACCCCGGCAUUUGCCCUGAUGAUGAUCUGGAUAUUUGCGUUCCGGCUGGACUGGUUCCCCCUGUGGGGAAAUUCCUGCAUCGGCGGUCUUGCGCUGGACAUCCUCAAGCACAUGGUCUUGCCGGUGGCCACACUUACCCUCAUAUCGUUCGCUGGCACUAUGCUGCUGACACGAAACAGCAUGCUGGAAACGAUCCGGGAGGACUACGUCAUGGCGGCGCGGGCCAAGGGCCUGCCAGAGAGGCAGGUUCGCGACCGGCACGCCGCCCGCAAUGCCAUGCUGCCGGUGGUAACCAGCCUGGUCUACAGCUUGAUUUUCGCUAUUGAUGGGAGCGUCAUCAUUGAGGGCGUCUUCUCUUGGCCCGGAACCGGCAUGACCCUGCUGUCGGCCGUACGCAGCGAGGACCUGCCGCUGGUCAUGGGGGCAAUGCUCUUCAUCGGUUGCUGUCGCUGCUGGCUCACAUGA